AUGGCGGACAUCCAUCGAGCGAACAACGGAACGUUGGUGAACGAAAACACCGCGCACGCGAAAGGGUGGGUGAUGAUUCCGUAUUUCGAUCGAGACGGGAAGAAAAUAAAUAAUGAUUCCGAAACGAAACCAUCUACUUCGUCCUCGUCGGAAAAAGCUAUCGAUAAGUUGAGGAGACAUUAUUCGCUUCCCGGAACGCCGGAAAAAGGGACGACGACAAAAACGAACACGAACACAGCCAAGGACGACGACGACGAGAAAGAAGCUCAUAAAAAAGAAAUUGAAGUGAUUGAUACGAUACGAUACGAAUACAAACCGGCGGAGAAGAAAGGAGAGUAUGGGAAAAGCGAGACGAAAACGAGAAAGAAAGAGAGAGAGAAAGAGAACGAUGUGAAUAGUAAUAGUAACGAUGCGUCUCAAAAAAGUCAGCACGCGACCGUAGCGAAUGGGUAUGGUCCGAGUAGUAUGUUUGCGAGAGAUAAACCUCUGUUUACGCCGCACAAGGAGAAACCUGCGGCGGCGGCGGAAGCGAUUACCAUGGAAGGUACGGGAAUACGAGCCGCGAUGAAAUAUAAGUCGAAGACGUUGUUUUCAAAGUUGAAAUCGAAAGCGCUUCACUUGACGGCGGAUUUGAGGGAAGAGAAAAGAGCGGCUUCGCCAAAUUUUCGGGAGAGUUUGAACGAUAUUCGCGGGCCGCCGCCGAAAGGGAAAGGCGAUUAG